UAGUCUCUGGCUAUAAACAUUGCUAACGCAGGUUGCUCGAGCGCUUGUUAAUAAAUUAGAGCUGUAACCUCGCAAUAAAAAAAUGGGUAUAGCGGAUGAAGCAGAAAGGACACUGUUCGUGGGCAACUUAGACUCUCAAGUCACAGAAGAGCUUUUAUUUGAACUGUUUUUACAGGCUGGGCCUUUGAUCAAAGUAAAAAUCCCCAAAGACAACGAGGGGAAUUCGAAACAGUUUGCCUUUGUGAACUUUAAGCAUGAAGUUUCUGUCCCUUAUAGCAUGCAGCUGCUAAGCGGCAUCCGACUUUAUGGAAGGCAGCUUAACCUAAAGUUCAGAUCAGGCAGCAGUCACAAUAAUCAAGAAAAAAGCCCUGCGAACUCUCAGAACCCCAGUCCAGCUAACACACCUACUCCCCAUGGUGCAAGGUACGACAGGACUCCAGAUCAUAUGGGCUCUCCGUCAUACUCUCCUCCUCAGAGCCUGCAGAGGUCUUUCUCUUCACCAGAGAGUCUUCAAAAGCAAGCAGUGAUGAACAACAUGUGGCAGAUGCAGAGUCAGCAAAUGCUGCAGUUGGCCAGUUCCUUUCAGCUCGGCAUUCAGCAGCAGCUCAGAGGUGGCCCCAGCAUCCCAUGGCAAAAAGAUGGCCCUGUCCAUUGGAACCAGCGACCCACCCACCAGCAAGAUGGCGGCACCGGCAGCCACUACGGACGUGAGCAGCGGCACCGGAGGGAUGGCCACAGAAGCGACUUCUACCAGCACGACGACCGUGGAGGAGGCCGAAAUCGAGAUUAUCCACCUGACCGACACAGAGAGUCCAGAGACAGACACUGGAGGAGAUACUGAUGACCUGGUGAGAAGGUCUAUAUUCAAAAUGCUGUCAAGCAAACCAGCAAUUUUCUUAUGUUUUUUUUAUUACUUUUUUUAACCCAGUGUUGUUGUUUUUUUGUAAUGUAUUAUACAAUAGUUACAAAGAGUUAAGCAAAAGAGAUGAACAUUUUACGUUUUAACAUGAAUGUACAAGAAAAUGAGUUCUAAUCAUUUGUGCAAGUAGCAUAUAAAACAGAUUUUAAACAGAUAAAACAGGUUCUUUUUUUAAUUAACUUCAGAUUUCAGUCUCAGGGUGCAGCUCCCAGUCUGUCCGAUGUCUCUAAUUGUUAUUUUACUACAAUAAUUCAGUGGUUUUGUAUGUUCAUUUUUACACCAAUUAUUGAUGAUUUUAAUUCAGGUCAUUUCUUGAGGCUUCUAAUGACUGGCGGCAGAGACGUGACUUCAAGUGUGCCGAAUACUUUAGUAAUUUAAGGCCAUGACGUACUUUACCAGCAGGGGAUGUACUUUAGAGCAGCUAUAUUGAGAAAUAGACAGUGUAAUUUCUCAGGAGUUUUUUAACAAUCACAUAUUGAAUUCUCUGGUGUUUUUUAAUUUUAUUUUUUAUCUCUUUGGAAAUGUUUCUGUUGGAAAAAAAAACCAUGUAUAUUAUGUGCUAUAAAUUUCUGCAAUGUAAAUACAGCUUCAUUUUGAAGGUA